UUUGCUGGGCUCCUGGCUGCCAGCAGUUGUGGUGACAUGGAACAUGAACCACCCAAGGUUUCACCCUCACUGAAAAUAGCCCCUGGCAAUGCAGAUUUUGCUUUCAAAUUCUAUCACCAGCUUGCUUCAGAGGCUGCCAAUAAGAAUAUUGUUUUUUCUCCUGUGAGCAUAUCUAUUGCCUUUGCCUUGCUGUCAAUGGGAGCUAAAGCAAAUACUCUGAGACAGCUUUUAGUAGGGCUUGGUUUUAACCCAAAGGAGAUCAGUGAUCAAGAAAUACACAACGGUUUUCGUCAUCUUCUCCUUGCGCUAAACCGUCCUCAGGCUGAACUUGAACUGAGCAUAGGAAAUGCCCUCUUCACACACAACCAAUUCAAACUUCUGCAGAAGUUCUUGAAAGAUGCCAAACAUUUUUAUCAGGCAGAGAUACUUCCUACUAACUUCAAGAAGCUUAAAGAAGCAGAACAGCAGAUCAAUAGCUACAUAGAGAAGAAAACCCAUGGAAAAUUAAAAGAUGUAGUCAAGAAUCUCGAUCCAUUGGUGGUUCUAGUUAUUGUAAACUAUGUUUUCCUAAAAGCUUACUGGGAAAAACCUUUCAAUUAUCAACUUACUCAGGAAGAUGACUUCUUUGUAGAUGAACAAACAACUGUGAAAGUUCCUAUGAUGAAUAGAGACAGCUUUUUUAAUGCCUACUAUGACAAGGAUUUGGGCUGCCAGGUGGUGCAGCUUCCAUACAAAGGUGAUGCUUCAGCAUUAUUCAUUCUGCCUGACACGGGGAAACUGAAACUGGUGGAAAAUGCUCUCGGGAAAAAAGUUCUGUUAAAAUGGGAGAAGUCACUGAGACCACAAAAAAUACAUCUCACUCUUCCGAGGUUUUCGCUUGAUGGUAGCUAUGAUGUUGAAAAGACAUUAAGAAAAUUGGGAAUUAUGGAUGUGUUCACAGACCACGCAGACCUGUCUGGAAUUUCUGGGGCACCAAAUCUGAAGGUUUCAAAGGCAAUCCACAAAGCUUACUUAAAUGUCAAUGAGAAUGGCACUGAAGCUGCAGCUGUCACUGUCAUCGAAGUGGGUCCAACUUCCCUCUCUGAACUUAUCAAAUAUGAUAGACCCUUCAUCUUUUUGAUCCUCCACGAGACAAACAAAUCUAUCUUAUUCAUGGGACGGCUUAAAAAUCCUAAUAAGAAGUAAACACUCAGUGUGUCUUUGUAUUUGCUUAUGGAUCAGAUAUAUUAAUGUUGUGAAAGUGGAACUGUUAGAAAAAUUGCUUUGCUUGGUUGUUUUUCUGGUACAAAAUUCCUAAUCUGAUUUUGCAUAACUGUUAACCCAUAAUGUUUGUUCUAAUCAUGUGCAGGUUAUUUUACAAUAAUCUCUGCCCAAACUGCAUGUUUCCAAAAAGUGAAAUAUUUGCAGCUCAUGGGCUCCAAGAGGAUUC